AUGCGAACGGAUAAACCAGCUCGCACCAGGAAACCUCAACCGAUCCAACCCUACGGUCAGAUCCAAAACGGUCCACUGAGCACUAACUUCCAUCUCCUCCUUGCUCAACCUCCUAAGCCUCGGUCAUCUUCUCCCGUCUUUACAGGUCACUCAUUCGGCCGGCACAUGGAACCAUUUCGUCCAGACUACCAAAUCGGCCCGGCCGGGCCAAUCUGGCUGCCUCCGCUGCUGGAUUCGCCGGCCUCGAGCCCGUCCGAGAGGAUAACACAUCACGCAGUGCGUCUGCACAACAGAGGAGAGCUGCCUCUCUUCUUCGAGCAGGUCACGUCGCAGACGGAUGCCCGAUUUGUGCUCUGUCGCCGUGGAAACUCGUGGCCAAGGCAAGACAAUGACGUGGGGCGAGAAGCUAUAGAAUACAAGUGA